AUGGGAUUGAACCAAUUCUCAGACAUGAGCGAUGAAGAGUUCACUUCUAAAAUGGGCGGAUGUUUCAAACCUGGAGGUCUUUCUUCAGUUCCAGAAAAUGUCCAGCUGUUCCAGAGAACGUCGGAGCCAGUGGCCGAUUCGAAGGAUUGGAGGGAUGACAAUGUGGUGACAGGUGUGAAAAAUCAAGGACAAUGUGGCAGCUGCUGGGCCUUCGGAGCAAUCGGCGCAGUUGAGAGUCAUCUGGCCAUCAAAAAGAGCGGGAAAAGUCCAGCUUCAAAUUAUGCAGACAACGAGUCUUUGCCAGUGUCCUUGAGUGAACAACAACUGGUGGACUGCAAUGGUGCCGCGGGUAAUAACGGAUGCGGAGGGGGAUUUCAUUGGGCCGCUUUCCAGUACAUAAUCUCAGAGGGUUCUCUGCCUGAAGAGAACUACCCGUACAUAUCUGGAGUAGACGGCGCCGAGCGCAACUGCCGCAACUUCAACAACCAGUCUGUGGAAACUAAACUUAGUAGCUAUGCUUGGGUGCCGGCAGGGCAAGAAGACUUGCUUAAAGAGGCGGUGUUCGUGCAUGGACCUGUAGCGGUCGCAAUAGCCAUACCUACCAAUCCCCUGUCAUUCAAGAAUUACUAUCGGGGGAUUACUUCAUGCCCUGGUGAUGCUGAACUGAACCAUGCAGUGCUUGUGGUCGGCUAUGGAACGGAAGCUACCGGGGAGGACUAUUGGCUGAUCAAAAACAGCUAUGGAGAAACUUGGGGAGACGAAGGAUAUUUUAAACUGAGGAGAAACGCAGGAAAUCAACCCAUAGCGAGUGAAAACGCUCCAGUGACUCCAUCCGGUGUUAAUAGCCUUUUCCCGGAAAAAGUGAUAAUGGACCUUAGAAAUGGGAUGACUUGUGAAGUAUUGAUGGGAUAUGAAUGA